AUGACGCGUGGUGUCCUGGUUUGCAUAGAAGGUUUGGAUCGCACUGGCAAGACCACGCAAACGACACGUCUGCUAGAAAAACUCGACAAGGAUGGUGUGGACGCAGCGCUGAUCAAAUUUCCCGAACGGACAACCCCAAUUGGGAGGAUAAUCAACACAUAUCUUACAGAUACGGCAUUUGAGCUGAGCGACCAGUCUGCACAUCUCUUGUUUAGUGCCAAUAGAUGGGAACUCGCCGAGAAAAUCAGAAGCCUGCUGGAAGACGGGAAAACAGUGGUACUGGAUAGAUACGUUUACUCGGGAGUAGCAUAUUCUUCAGCCAAAGGAUUGCCGUUCGACUGGUGUUUAAGUCCAGACAUAGGGCUUCCGAAACCGGAUAUUGUACUUUUUAUGAAGUUCAAACAGGAAGAGAACGUUACUAGAGAAGGGUUUGGGGAGGAACGGUAUGAAGUUGCUGAGUUUCAACAGAAAGUGAAGACCCAGUUCGAGAAAUUCCAGAACGAGGAUAACUGGAGGACGAUAUAUGUGGACAACAAGAGCAUAGAAGAGGUGGGGGAGAUAAUAUGGACUGAAUACAAGGUGACAGCCAGCAGAAGGCGCGAAGCGCUGCAAUAUUUCAGUAAGCUCGAAUAA